CGACCUCUUGCUGGUCCAUCACCCUCCAUUGGCCCAUCACCAAUCUCUAGUUGGCCCACCAUCAUCCCUUAUCUGUCCACCCAUCCCCCCCCCCCCUCCCCCUGAUGAUGCCCCACUCUGCAGGCCCCCUCACUAGAGGCAGGUGACAUUGCUGGUGCAGGGAACCCACCAACCUAGGAGAAGAGGAGGGGGUAAGGGGGGGUGGGCAGAGACUGACAGCACCCGAAUUCUCCCACCCCCCUGAAAUAUGAUCAGGGGGGCUUGGAUGCAUCCAAGGGAAGAUGAGGCCGUCAUAAAGAUCUGCUGGGAACCCCGACGCAUCGACAAACCGUGUGCCGACUCCGAGAGGGCUCAGAGAUGGCGAUUGUCCCUUGCCUCUCUGCUCUUCUUCACCGUCCUGCUGUCUAAUCACCUCUGGCUGGUCUCCGCGGGGGCGAGGCCAAGGGGCAACUUCUCCUACAGCCACCAAGGCAACUCCAGCUGGCUCUCCGCGCAAGGCUUCCCUGGGGGUGCCAGGGGGUGCUGGGACAACUUCCUAAGCAAUUUGACCAAAUCUGCUGCUCAAUCUCCGCAUUGCACUGGUGCCAGGGUCUCCCACCUGGACACUGCCUGCACCAAACUGCAAAGACACCGGGGCUCUGGGGGUCCUUCCUCCCCCAGGUCCCAUUCCCCUUCCUCCACUUCCUACAACCAAAAGAGGAACUUUUUGAAGGCUUAUUUUAACAAUUUCACUCUGUCCUUUUGUGAUACUUACACCAUCCUGGACCUGCUGCUGGGGAUGUCCAACCCGGACAGCUUGAACUGCAGUCUGGAGAACCUGAUGGAGGACUUCAUGGAGACCGCUGCGGCCUCGUCCUCCCUCACCGACGACGAGGUGUGCAGCAACUGCAUCCAAGCCUACCAGAGACUGGACCAACAUGCUCAGGAAAAAUAUGAGGAGUUUGAUUUUGUGUUGGAGAAGUACCUGCAAUCCGGGGAAUACUCUGUCAGGUCCUGUGUGGGAGAAUGCAAGGCCGUCUACAAAGCCUGGCUGUGCUCAGAGUAUUUCAACGUCACACAACGGCAGUGUCGCAACGGCAUACCGUGCAAGCAGUACUGCCUGGAGGUGCAAACCCGCUGUCCCUUCAUACUACCUGACAAUGACGACCUGAUCUAUGGAGGGUUACCUGGCUUCAUCUGUUCAGCAGAUCUGCUAGAAAACCAUAUGUCUAACACAGAUGCGGUUUGUUGUGAUGUCCGAUGGAAUUCCUGCAAGAAUACGGGAAGCGGUGCCCACAACACAUCCAAAUCUUCGAACCCCCAAUCCAUGUACUACCAACACCGCAGUCGCCACUACCAGCACCCCCACCAUAGACACCAUCACUUGCAUCCGUACCAUCACCAUCAUAAACCGUCUCUGCUGCCGGUCUCAGCGGGAUCUCGUCUCGGAAACACCAGACUAAAGCUGUGCGUGUUGGUGCUGAUGCUGCUCCACACCAUGGCCUCUUUCUCGGCUGUGCAAAACGGGGUGGGCUUGGAGGCCAUGCCGAGCUUGGAGGCCAUGCAAGGCAUGGAUGAAACAUCGGCACGUGAAGAGUGAACGAGCAGAAGUGCUUUCUGAGAACUCAGAAGGUUGGAAUAAGUCUUUCUAUAAAAAAAAAAGGGUUUGGCCCUUUUCCUGCGACCUGAAGGCAAAAGGGAAAGAUCGCCCUCGGCAGGAGCAGUCAACCAUGACACAGCAUGGUGAAAACACGACGAGUCCUGCGGGUUAGAGGGCCGGUGAGACACAACUUUGAGAAGGGUUCUGUGUCAGUGGCCUUGAAAUGAUGCUUGUGUUAAAACAGUUGCGAAAUGUGAGGCAGAGUAAGAUUGGGGUGGUCCGGUAUCGUUAAGACAAAGUGUGGAGAAAAAAAAACGCCUGGCCAGCUAAUACGCGGCACUCCGUGGUUAGUGAAAUUCACAGUAGGAAGAGCCCGCUGGUAACUACGGUAACUACCAGUGAGCCUUACUUAUAGUAGACGCUAAGUGCUUUAUCGCUGCCCUGAAUGUAUUCUUGGUCACGCUGUUUGAAAAGCCGGCCCGUUUUUAUUAAGCAGAGUCUGGCCAAGUGGCGGCAGCGUUCUAACAUGAACAACGAAAAUGAAAUUCUAACAUGGUCACGGCAGGUUUACAAGCAAAAAGGAGAUGUGCCGAAAAAAAAAAGGUUUCCUGUGUAGAUGUUAUGACCAUACAUCUAGCAGCGGGAAAGUUCCAGUAAUCGCUGGUUACAAAAUCGACAGGCAUCACGAGCCACAAAAUCAGAAUGUGCAAAAAAUUUCAAAAAUAAAUAUAUCACACAUGUAUAAAAAAAAAAUCUAUUUUAUGGGAUUCUAUUUAUUAAUUCUGUUUGAGAUAAUCAACAUUUUAGGUACCGUCAUACAGCGUAACGUCUGUGUGUCAGGGGACGUUUGAAACUCAGAUCUUAUACAGAAUGUUGCUUUUUACGAAUAUCUACAGAACCCAGGACCACCAUGGUAGACCUAGGCUGUGGGUGACCCCCAAAACUCAAAUUGAACAGCUAGAGGAUGCUAAAGGGAAGCUAAGACGAGGAGCUCUAUGCUGUCCAAAUAUGGUUUUAAGGGUCAGUCCACCUAAAAUGAGGAGGUCAUAUUGGUGGACUGUCCACCUAAAAUGAAAAGAGGAUGUUAAUGGGCUUUCCACCUAAAACGAGAAGGGCGUGUUGAUGGGUUGUCCGCCUAAAACGAGAAGGGCAUGUUGGUGGACUGUCCACCUAAAAUGAGGAGGGGAUGUUGGUGGGUUGUCCACCUAAAAUGAGAAGGGGAUGUUGGUGGGCUGUCUAAAAUACAAAGGGAGUGUUGGUGAGCUUUCCACCUAAAAUGAGAGGGGAAUGUUGGUGGACUGUCCACCUUUAAUGAGGAGGGAAUGUUUGUGGGUUGUCCACCUAAAAUGAGGGGAUGUUUGUGGGUUGUCCACCUAAAAUGAGAAGGGCGUGUUGAUGGAUUGUCCACCUACAAUGAGGAGGGAAUGUUGGUGGACUGUCCACCUAAAAUGAGGAGGGGAUGUUGGUGGGUUGUCCACCUAAAAAUAUGGAGGGAAUGUUGGUGAGCUUUCCACCUAAAAUGAGGAGGGGAUGUUGAUGGGCUGUCUAAAAUAUGAAGGGAAUGUUGGUGAGCUUUCCACCUAAAAUGAGAGGAGAAUGUUGGUGGACAGUCCACCUUAAAUGAGGAGCGAAUGUUGAUGGGCUUUCCACCUAAAACGAGAAGGGCAUGUUGGUGGGUUGUCCACCUAAAACGAGAAGGGCAUGUUGGUGGGCUGUCCACCUUAAAUGAGGAGGGAAUGUUGGUUGGUUGUCCACC